AUGCUACGGUCGAAGUCUACCUUGGCGACCUUGCUAGCCUUGGGCUCUCUCUUCAAUGGAGCUCAAGGACUUCCUGGGGCUCAUGACCAAGUCAUCGGCUAUGCAAAGGUUUCUAGCAGGCAGGCUCAGCGUAUCAUCAUGCAUACUAACAGGCUACCUGUAGAGGAAUCCAGACCCGAUCAGCUAAUAGGACCUGGCUUUUAUAUGAUGAACAAACCCGAUUGGGAUGUCGACGAAGAAGAUAGGAGUCGGUAUUGCGUUAUCAAGGCGAACAAGAAGAAGAUGGAAGAGAUCGAAAAAGUCUGGGUCCCGAAAUCCUACGAACAAAAGAAUGCAGACGGUGAGACUGUGAAACAAAACUUGUGGGGCGAGGAGGAAGAAGUCAUCUUGGAGUAUAUCCAAAUCAUCUUGGAUUUGGCCAAGUCAUCAGAGGCAUCGACCUCAGAAGCAUCGACAUCAGAGGUAUUGAUGCCAAAGCCCGAGAGAGUGCUGCGCUUCUCAUCCGUUCCGGAUCGCUAUUGGCUCUAUCAAAUGAAUAUUCCAACAGAAUUGGUAAAUGACAACGAUUUGGAGUUGAGGCCCACAUGCUUUGAAUCAGUACAGAACCUGAAGGAAAACUAUGGUGACGAUCGGAUUGAUUGGAGAGACGACUGGAAAAUUAGAAAUGCGGGAGUGUGGCAGUAG